AUGAUUGAGUCGUUGAGUGAAUAUUUGGUGUCCGAAGAGGUCCUCAAUUCUCGCAUAAGACGACUGACAGACAACUCAUUGAGUUUGAAAUCAAUUGCACUGAAAGGCGACACCGAGGGCUCACUUUUAGGACAUCCACUCGACGUAUAUCUCCUCAUCAGACGAAUGGCUAUCGACUGGAAAGAAGUGACCGAUUUUUUGCAAACAAAAUACCGGCGCUUAAGUGAUGUCCAAAUGAGACAAAUCGGUGGGUACUCUAACCAUACAAAUGCAUUGAAUGUCACGUUUGACGCGAAGUUAGUGUCCAGUAGUCAUGAGAUUAUCACUAAUAAGGAGUUAACAGACGCCGCGUAUGGAGUGAUAAGUCUCGUCAAUACUUAUGAUUUGGAUAUCAAGUCAUUAGUGAAUGGAUUCAUUAGAUAUAAGACCAGUUCCGGAGCUGAAGUGACUUCAUAUGAAAAUCAAUCCAAAGUUGCGUUAAAUGCUUUCGACUGCUAUUUGAUUGGAAAACAAACGUAUGAUAACAACGAGUACUUGAAUGCAAAGCAAUGGUUGACAGAAGCGGUCGAAAGAUUGGAUGACAUGACCAGCGAUGAGACAAUUGCAGACAUUUUAAAAUACCUGUCGUUUUGUGAAUUGAAAAUUGGAAAACCAAGUGAAGCCCAAAAAUAUAAGAGACUGUCGGCCGCUAUAAAGCCAGACAUCGAGACAAAUGAGUUGAUAUCGGAGACCAAACUGUUUAACGACACGAAUACCUUCAAAGAAAAACCUAUUUUUCUAAAAACUAAAAAUACAUAUGAAUUAUGUCGCGGAGAAAGGCUUAUGAAUGACUCGAUUGCCUCUAAACUCAAGUGUUUUCACUUAAACACAACGAAAACACCGUUUUUACAGUUGACUCGCAUUCAAGUGGAAGAGAUGUACAAAAGUCCGCAAAUCGUUGUAAUCCAUGACUUCCUUAUGAAACCGAGACACAAACGAUCAUAUCAUUGGCUCAGCCAUCACUCCAUAAAGACCGCAUACCGGGGAACUGGCGACUGUUCAGGCGUUGCGAACUCGCGGACAGACACCACAAACUCCUGCAAACAAUCAGCCGACGUAUCGGUGCCAUCACUGGCCUUAACACGGAUUAUGCCGAACCAUACAAACCUAUUAAGUAUAGGGGAUGUCAUGGCCACGUGGAUCACGUUCCUGAACGAUGUGGGCGCCGGUGGGGUCGGUGUGUUCCCGGAGCUCAAUGUGACCGUAUGGCCCACGAAAUACUCGACCGGGUUUUGGUAUAGUUUCGAUAAAUCAGGUCAAUUGGACAGACAUAUGCAUCACAGCGCCUGUCCUAUACUCGUGGGACACAAAUGGAUUGCCAACAAAUGGAUUCAUUCCGAGGGACAGGAGUUCCGCAAACCAUGCGAUCCCUACGAUCGACAAUCACGUCAUACAUACAGUGAGACAUAUGUUAUAUAA